UCUCUCUCUCUCUCACUCAUUACGGAUACCGAGUUGACUCAGUUCCAAAAGGACCAAAUGGAAGCGAUUCUCGGGCCUGACUGGAAUCCAUUUGAAACCUUUAUUACCAAUCUCAUGGAGAGCUUCGAGGAAAAAAAACCCGACCCAUUUGAGAAUUUAAAUUCCGAUAACAUGUCGAGCUCCAACGAAAAAGUUUCGGAGGCUAAGUUAAUGUUCAACAUUAUGAAGCAGAAGAAUCCAGAGUCUCUUGUUAUUAAGUUUGCUAAUUUUCUCCGCUCUUCUAAUGACAUUGAUCUUCGUGAAAAGUGUGUGAUAAUCCUAAAUAAGUUGCUUACUGAGGAUGACUUGUGCACUUGGUUCAAUCUAAGCGGGUCAACCCAAUCGAUCAUCAAAUCGGUUCUCCUUGAUCGUAUCUCACUUGAAGCAUCAGACAACAUAGAGCUCUCUUACACCGUUGCAAAGAUGGCUGCUUCAUUUCUACCGGAUAAUAGUUGGCCUGAGUUACUCCCAUUCUUGUACCAAUGCGUCACUGGUUCCAGUUCAAACAACUACACAAAAGUGUCAGCUUUCUUUAUACUUGGGAUACUAGCUGAGGAAAUAGGCGAAACAAUGGUCCCUUGUUAGGACCGAAAAAAGCAGGUGUCAUGCGGAAGCUAGCAAACCAAUCCUUGAACGGCGAUAAUCAUACAACAAAGAGAAAUCUACUAAAAGAGACACAAACAUUUAACGUGGUUCGGUC